GUAUACAGUGUAUAGUUCCAUUGGUAUUUUAAUUUUCAAGCUAAGCGACGAAGGACACCUCGACUGUCUUGCUACGGUUGUAAUUAACAUAUAACAUGACAUCAGUAAACGUGGUAGAUAUAACUUUGCUGGUCAUGGCCAUAGCACUCCUGUUAGGAUUGUUUGCGGCAUUGUUUUUCUGCAAGUACUGCAACAAACGCACCGGGACAUCGUCUGCAUCCAGUGGCACUCCUGUUGGCAGCAACACACAUGUUCAGUUCACCGCCACGGGAUCCAUCCCGAUUUACAUUCUUCCCGAGCGCAGUGCGGCGUUCCAUCACGUUCACGAUGCCGGAUUAGACCGGUCGGUGCAUCCGGUUCCGAUCGACCAGCUUCUUAUUCUGUGUCCAUUCUCCUUCCGCUUCGAGAAUAGCCUUUUUGAAAUACAUUGGAGCCAAGCUGCCGUUGUCCUUAUCCAGCGGAAUGCAUUCAAUCUGCAUAUGCGGAUGCGACUUAAGACGCGUAGCGGUUUCCAUGAAUACACAAUCCAUUUCGUUCUCUGCGAACAUACGGCAGACAGCUGAACGGAACUUCUGCAUCUCUUCCCAAACAUCUUCAUCCAAUCAUAUUCAUCAAAGUGCGAAACGGACAUACAUGUGUUGUAUGAUCCCGUGAUCCCGAGCCAGGGCGACAGAGCUGGUGGUUGUCACAGAUCCAGCGUUACUGGUUGCCCGGUGUGCCCAUAGAACGUUGUACGGGCUGAGCCGUGACGUGCGGACGCUGGUGCUGAGCCGGUGGCGGCCCGGCGAGCACCGUCUGGCCGAGCGCAGCCUGCGUGUGGGCAGCAGCGACGUGACCCUCAUUCGGCAGCUGGUCAGAAUGCUCCGACCGGCACCGGCCGCGGCACUGCAGCGUAUCAUCUGCCACCGCUGCGUCGUAACCGGCGACCUGCCCACCGUCUGGGCGGUGGUCAGUGAAUGGAAGGCCAGUGCCCAUGCGCCGCUCUACUUUCCCCUGCACCACCUGUCACCGCUGAUGGACAUGUGCAGCGGCCAGCUGAUCCUGGUUGAUUACGUCCAGAACGACGCCGUCCAAGCCUUCCACCACUGCCGGCCCUCCUGGCACUCCGACUUCACCCCCUUGACCGAUGAGCCCUACCAGAGCCGCGACCCGGCGCCGCCGCUGCGGGUGGCCGUGCCCUUCCUGCGUCUGGACUGCGGCCAGGACAUUGUCGCGACUCUGACCGCCAUGCGGACGGCCAUGGAGGCCGCGCUGCCGGAGCCGCCGGCGGAGAUGCGCCGGGUGGCCACGGACAUGUACGCGUACUGGCGCACGCGCGACACCUACUGGCGCGUCCUCCGCCAUCUCCUCACCGUUACACGUGCUUCGUAAAGGGAAAUCCUCCAGCACAGUCACACACGGAUGAUACACCACAUCCACAUUCAUCGUAUUCAUCUUCGAUAAAUUGUACAGAUUUCGAUCCGGAUAUCUUAGUCUUAUUUAAAAUUAGAACGAAGAAGCAAGCAGCCAGGAAUUAGAAAAUGGGAAGAAAUUCAAAAUUGGAAAAACACGACGUAGACUCGUAGUCUGCACUCUGCCUUGGGAUUAUCGAAAUUCGAAAGCAUCGCAUCCCCAAGGCGGCUGUUACGUACGCAGCCUUUAUUACAAUUCUAUAAGAGCGUACGGACUUUUAUUUUAUCUGGAAUAGCGACUACGGAGUGGAUGACAAUUUACAAUCCUUUCUAAAUCAAGCUGAUUACGCGCGCGCUCGAAACCCAAAUCGCUCGAAACAGCCGUGAUGUUGUCCAUCCAGAACAGUCUCAGAGGACGCGGCGGGAAUCGGGCGAGAGAACAGUCUCAGAGGACGCGGCGGGAAUCGGGCGAGAGCCACCGACUGACUGCGCAGUUCGGAGAGGCAGUAGGAUGCGUCGAAAAGCUUGCCAGUGGAGUUAGCUUCCGGACACUCGAUUUGUUUAGACGUAACCAAGGAGAUGCACCGCCAAUCCAUCUGCUGAUAACCACAUUCAACGGCAGUCGCUGGUUCAGUGGAGAAUACCGGAAAUGGCUUAUCGUCCAUUUCGCUCGGGCACCCAUUUUCUGCGUCUGUAAAACCAAAUCUGCCCAGCGAAAUAUUUAGAGCGAAGGUCUGCCUUUCGAAAAUUUUUAAGUUGAAUAAUAUCCUAAUGUCUCCUCACUAACAACGUAGUUCUCAAGAGCAAAAAAAUGCUUACACGAUUUCUCGUUAAUGGAAAAAGCGUCCUGUGCGAAGUCAAUGAACUCUG